AUGGCUCUCCAACUUCGACUAUCUCAAUACCCUGAUCUCUAUCAAGACAACAUGGCAACGUCGUCUUCUCGAGUUGGGUCUCCAGCUCCUUCGGUUAGAUCUCGUACAAUUACGGAAGGAUCUUCAUGUUCUAGGUACCUCGACUUGUCUGAAUGGCCGGAACAAGAAGCAGAAGCCGUCCAGCAACAGAUGCCACAGCAGAUAGCCAGGGCAUGGUCGGAAAUUCGAGAGAGUGGCCGACGGGCUCGUGCGUUUUAUGAAAGUGGAAGGUCCCCGACUCCUAGUGUCGCUGGCUCAUUGAAUAGAAAUGGCAUUCAUGACAUUGUAGAAGAUUUGUUGGAUUCAAUCGAGGAUCGUGGUGCUGCUCAAGAAGGCUGGAUGCUCCUACACGAACGAUCUUGGUCCCCAAGUGAGCGCGAAGAGGAUGUCCCUUCUCCGAAGAGCCAUCGUACUCGCAAAGAGAAGGGCGAAUUACAGCCUAUACGGCGCAGCGAGAGGAUUGCUCGUAGAUCGUUAACGAUGUCGUCUAUAGAUGAAGUUGACGAUGACGAGCCCAUUGAGCCGACGACUGCGGGAUCAUCCUCGUCGCCGUCAAAGGCAAGAACUACGGCCAAAAUCCCUACUCCCGUAUCCCCCAUCAAACAGACCACAGGGACGGCAAGGUCAAGCAAGAGUCCGACGAAGAAGCGUCGGUAA